AUGCCUCAAUCCAGACCCAAGACCAAGUCUACCUUCUGGCCAAACUUCAUUUACGAUGCCUGGUUGUGGACCUUCUCAGUCCUCGUCGACCUCUUCUUCCGUGAGGUCCACCCUCGCAGUUCCUGGAAAGUCCCUCGCAAUGGCCCUAUCAUCAUCGUCGCCGCUCCUCACGCCAACCAAUUCGUCGACCCCUUGAUCCUGAUGCGUGUCUUGCGCACCGAAGCCUACCGUCGCGUCUCUUUCCUGAUCGCCGAGAAGUCUAUGAAGAGGAGGUUUAUUGGUUGGGGUGCAAGGAUGGUCGGCUCCGUGCCUGUUAGCCGUGCCUUGGACAUGAAGAAGCCUGCCCAAGGUACAAUAUACCUGCCCGACCCCAAGGAUGACCCAACUUUGAUCAAAGGCGUGGAUACAAACUUUGAGGACAACAAGAUCUACAUGGUAGGAGGUGUACUUGCCUUGCCGAGCUUCGACAACAAGUUUGCGAAUACCGAGAUCAAAGAGAUCCUGGGGCCGAACAAGAUCCGUCUUAAGAAGCCCUUUGGUGGGAAUGUUGCCUUGCGUCAAUUGACUGGUCAGGACGUCAAGGACGAAAAGGCCGACGCCACGUUGACUGAAGGCUUCAAAGGCACAGAGUUCGAGGUUGCUCCCCAUGUUGAUCAGGGUGAAGUUUACUCUUCCGUCUUCCAGAAAUUGCACGACGGUGGCUGUAUCGGUAUUUUUCCUGAAGGAGGCAGCCACGACAGGACCGAAUUGCUCCCCCUAAAAGCUGGUGUUGCCAUCAUGGCUCUUGGUGCGCUGGCAGAAGACCCCAACUGUGGCGUUAAGAUAGUUCCCUGCGGUAUGAAUUACUUUCACGCCCACAAGUUCCGCUCGAGGGCCGUUGUUGAAUUUGGCUCUCCUGUCGAGAUCCCAAAUGAAUUGGUCGAAAUGUACAAGAAUGGCCAAAAGCGGGAAGCCGUUGGUCAAGUCUUGGAGACCGUCUAUCAAGCACUUGUCUCUGUCACCGUCACAAGCCCUGACUACGAUACUCUCAUGCUCAUCCAAGCAGUGAGACGCUUGUACAACCCCAAGGGAAAGAAGCUUCCACUACCCAUGAUCGUCGAACUCAACAGACGUCUCGUCAAGGGAUACACUACAUAUAAGGAUGAUCCCCGCAUCGUCAACCUGAAGAAGUCCAUCCUGGCAUACAACAAACAGCUGAUGAUGCUCAACAUUCGUGAUCAUCAAGUCAGCUAUGCAAAGUUCUCCAUUAUCAAGGUCAUUGCCACACUACUGUAUCGUCUUGGCAAGCUACUGGUUCUGGCUAUUGCAGUCCUUCCAGGUCUAGUCCUUUUCGCUCCUGUCUUCAUCACAGGCAAAGUCUACUCGGUCAAAAAGUCUCGUGAAGCUCUGGCAGCGUCAACAGUCAAGAUCCAGGGUCGCGAUGUCAUGGCCACUUGGAAGCUGCUUGUCUCUAUGGUCGUCGCACCUCUGCUUUACAACUUCUACAACAUUAUCUUGGCCAUCUGGACUCAUUACAAUCGCAUCGGAGGUCGCGUGCCAGAAUUUGUUCCAAUCUGGGCCGUGUUCGUCUUUGGGUACAUCCUGUUCCCAGCCAUAACAUUCGCCGCUCUCAGGUUCGGCGAGGUUGGCAUGGACAUUGUCAAGUCAUUGCGUCCUCUGAUCCUGUCUUUGGGACCAUCAUCUGGCAACACUUUGGUCAAGCUUAGAGCCAAGCGUGCUUCUUUGGUUGAACAAGUGACUGGGUUAAUCAACGAGCUCGGUCCUGAGCUGUAUCCCGAUUUCGAUCAUCAUCGCAUUAUCUCAGACCCCAACCAUCCGCUUUCGCCCCAAUAUUCAGAACCUCAUACACCCCGCUCUCGCCGCAGCUCCGAAUACGACCGCAUCGGAACCGCAGGCGCCAGCAUCGGUGGCGGCAGCGGACAAAACACCACACACCUGCCUCGCAAUGAGUCUUUUGGGAACAUUGGCGUCUUCGGCUUCUUUUCUUCGCGACCUCAUACUCCUAAUCGCUCACGCAGCCGCAAUCGUAGUCGUACCAGCAGUGAUGGUGGCAUGGGUCUCGCAGCCAUGAAACCUAUGACUACCAUUGACUCGAAGGGUGGCUACGAAAAGGUUACUGAGAAGAUCAGGGAUGCGAUGAAGCAGCGUGGACGUAGGAGGCGGAGCGAGGAUGCUUUUUCUGCUGCCGUUGACGGAUGGGAGAUGGCCGAACAUGAUGAAGUUCUCGAUGACGAUGAGGACAAGAAAGAGGUGUGA